CGUGUCUGUGAAUGGUCGACGGAGCAAGCGUGUCACCGCCUCCAUUAUUGUAGCACUUAAAGAGGCAGGGAGAGUGCCAACGCGUAUCUUUACAAGCCCAGAAAAAACCGUGAUUGAGACGUGUUGCUAAAAAUUGGUACGUUUUUUAUUAUUAAUGCAUGAAAGUGUAUGCUCCAGUAAAUUGAGUGAUUUCUGUUGUUGAAAAUAAAAACGUGUACAGUUUAUGCCAAGUUGCACUUAAAACUUUCCUGGAGUAGCUUAAACUCAUUGUGUAUAUGUAGGCUACCUAACUGCAUCCUUUUUUGCUUAAAAAACUAACAAACUUUAAUUCAUUUACAGGCAUUAUUGAUGUAAAUCAUUGUUGUAUUCAUUAUUCAGAAGUGUUAAGACUUAAGACAACAGACAUUGACUGAGUUAUCCUAAUUCAAGUCAGGACUCAAGACAGUAGCCUAUAAAUAGGGCACAAAAGUUUAACAAACUUUUUUUUUAUGCCCAUAUGUAUCACUGUUUGCAUUAAAUAAAGUUAUUGUAUAAACCAAUAAUUUAUUAUUUUGAGUGAGUCCCAUAUCAUCUGGCAAGUAUUAUCUCUGUCUAUUUGUAGGCUAAGUUCUGUUCAGUCUGCUGUAGCAUCUCUCUCUCUUUCUUUCUCCCUUUUUCUUUCUCAGGACAGAAGAUGCUGCUGCAGUCACUACUGUCCCUCAUUCUCAUCCUCGGGGUGGUGGUAGCCGUGCCGGCUAAAGAGAAGCGUGUCCAUCGCCAUAGUGACCUGAGUGACCACGCCCAUGACGACUCCACUGGUUUCCAGUAUGACCAUGAAGCCUUCCUGGGCAAAGAGGAAGCCAAGACCUUCGACCAGCUGACCCCCGAGGAGAGCAAAGACAAACUUGGGUACAUUAUUUUACAGAACACCCAGGCAGGCAGUGUCCCAAAUGGACAUUAUGCACUACUUUUGACCAGGCCCCAUAUUUCAUAUGUUAUGCACUACUUUUGACCCGGGUCCAUAUUCCCUAUGUACAGCAGUACCUUUGAACUGGGCCCAUAGGGCUCUGGUCAAAAAGAGUGAACUAUGUAUGAAACAGGAUGCCAUUUAGGAUGUAGCCCCACUAUCACUGCUCUAGGUUAGAAGUUACCCCCAGGUGCAUAUCUAGGAUCAGCUUGCCUUCUCUAAACUCCUACCCUUAACCAUUGGGAGGAGAAUGCAACUGACCUGAGAUCAGUGUCUAGGAACAACUGAAUCCUACUCCAAUAGACACCCCCUUGUGGUGCAUUAUUUCAUACACUAGUUCUGUAUCCCUAGCCACACCCAUCUGGCUAAGUCAACGUUACAUUUUACAUUUUAAUCAUUUAGCAGAUGCUCUUAUCGAGAGCGACUUACAGUUAGUGAGUGCAUACAUUUUUCAUACUGGCCCCCCAUUACAUCCUGAAUAGUUUUCAUACAGCAAAGCCCCUUAAUCUAAAUAAAUUGUCUGCAAGUAGAUUGUUCUUUUAUUUUACUUUCAAUCCUUUUUCUCUCUUUCUACACAUCCAUUUCCUGCUCUUCUCCCUCCUGCAGCCACCUACUCCUUUGCACUCUUACGUUUGACUACAGUUAUUGUAAUUGUGUUUGUUUGAAGACAUCUCACCCCCUGCCUCUGUCUUAGCAAUGGAAUGAAUGGUGUUUAAGGUUAUGACAUACUGUUAACAUUGACUUGUUCAAUCAAUCAAUCAAAUGUAUUUUAUAAAGCCCUUUUUACAUCAGCAAGUACACAGUAAGAUAAAAAAAAAAAAUCUCCCUCAGUUUAUGUCCACGUUUUCAAAAAACUCUUAAAUAUCUGCUCCAAAUUAAGAUUCAACAAAGUCUGCAGAACGAUUGGGGUGUCAGCUAAUACAUGCGACAUUGACUUUGAAAAAAAAAUAUUUUGGUUAUUAAAGUAAGUGAAGUGGAUUUACACCCAGUAACGGAAUUGCAGUAACAGAAUUUCAUCAUGGGUCCCUGAUCUGUACUACACAGAAAUGCAUAAUUAUGGAUAUGAAUGUCACUCUCUUCAGGGUGAUGUAUCCUAAAAAGGUAUAAAUAUGCAAUAACCUCCUUUGCAUAUUUGGGUAUUAUUCUACUAUUAUUUUAAUGAGCUCUGCCCCAAACAAGACCAAAUUUGGUUGUAAAAUGUUUUACGUUACCCAGCAAGAAAACCAAAAAUGUUGCUUAAAAAGAAAGGGGGAUCUAACAAAGACUCACUGACAACAACCAAAACGAAACAGGUGGGGUUUUAGGAGGGGUUCUAAAAGACACUCAUGGGGGUGUCCACUGAAAAUUGCAUAGCAACAACAACUGGGACCUAAAAGACACCCACCAUGAGCUCCCACUAAAUUUGCCCAGUAAGAGGCAAACAAAUGAAAAACCCACACCAAACUUCAAGACAGGAAGCAAACCAAAAAGUUAAGCAAAACGAAAACAGGGAAACCUGUAACAAAUGUAUAUACAGUAUACCAAUUUCUCAAAAAUAUACUCUUAGCAUUCAUUUGACACCCAAUUUGAUAUGCUCCUAUGAACUUCACGUUGGUGCUCAUGGGUCCUUUUACAUGGAAAUGACCUUAUACAGAAACCCAGCCUAAAACCCCAAAGAGCAAGCAAUGCAGAUGUAGAAGCACAGUGGCUAGGAAAAACUCCCUAGAAAGGCAGGAACCUAGGAAGAAACCCACAGAGGAACCAGGCUCUGAAGGGUGGUCAGUUCGCUUCUGUAGGUAGUAGGCUUAGUUGGCUUGUUCUGUCCCUUUGGCAGGAAGAUCGUAGAUCGCAUCGACACAGACAAGGAUGGUUUCGUGAGCCAUGGGGAACUGCACCAGUGGAUCAAACACAGGCAGAGAAGGUACAUCGAGGAGAAUGUGCUGAAGCACUGGAAGGAGUACGACCAGAACAAGGAUGGGAAGAUCGGCUGGGAGGAAUACAAGAACACCACCUACGGCUACUACCUGGGUACGACAAGGGAGGAUGUGUGUGUGACUGUGUGUGUGUGGACUAGCCUAACUUUGAGGCGAAUGAGCGAGGGGGUGGGACAUCAAAAGGGUAGUCCCAAUUUACCAGGGGUGUACAGUCAGUGUAUUAUUAGUAGGCUAUAUGGGUGUUAAAGAUUGUUGGAAUGAUGGGCAGGGUUUGGCACAACCAAGAUACUAUUUAUGUAGGGGCUAAUUUGAUAUAAUUACUACGUGAUAUGAGGAGAGAUUGAUCAUGAGCUACAAAGACAAUCCAAAAAUGAGAUGGGAAUGAGAGGGGAGAGCUCAACACGACAGUACAGUAGUGGCUAUUCAGCUAUGGGAUAGUGGUGUGAUUUUAGGCACUUACUGUUAAUACAAAGGGGUUACCACAAUAUCCAUGUAUUUUAUCCUUGAUACAAAGAAACAAACCUAGGUGGAACACAGAACAUGUUAACACAAUUUGCCCUUUGGAGUUAAAGUAGAGAUAAUCUGUAAUAGAGAGGGUAAAUUAGUGACACAUAUCACUGUUAAACUCUGAUUCAAAAGGUUUUAGUAGGCUAACCUUUGUUUGACUACAGUACACAACCCAAGAGUAUUUACACUGACAGUGUAGCUCUGGGCCAGUAUGAAUAAAGCGUAUCAGAGUAGGAGUGAUCAGUUUAGCCUAUUAGAUCAUAAUAAGUAACAUUAUAUGAACAGGGGGGACCUGAUCCUAGAUCAGCACUCCUACUCUGUGAUGCUUGAUCUGUUUUACAAAGCCAUGUCUUGACUCUGAGAAUGUCCUCCGCUCCAUUGCAGAUGAGGAGUUCGAUGACGUGGAUGACAAGUCUAGCUACAAGGCCAUGCUGACUAGAGACGAGAGGCGCUUUAGGACAGCUGACCGCGACGGGGACGGCAUCGCCACCAAGGACGAGUUCACCUCCUUCCUUCACCCCGAGGAGUACGACCACAUGAAGGCCGUUGUCAUACAGGUCAGUCAAUUGACUGGGAUCAGUCACUAGAGUCACAAGAUCAAUCAAAUUCUGGGGAACAUCCAGAUGGUGCACUUUUUUCUCCAGCCCACUUCUAAACAACUGUCUUUUUUUCUGUUUCGCUUCAGGAAACAGUAGAAGACAUUGACAAGAACGGUGAUGGAAAGAUCACCCUUGACGAAUACAUUGGUUAGUCUCUCCUUCAACCUACUACCCUUUCCAAACAGAGAAUAUACAAUAUGUCAUCAACCAAACAUAAUCUGGUUCUUUAUACAUUUUAUGAGAACAAAAAAUGAAAUAUUUCAUUUAUUUUAUUACCCAUCUAUGAGUGAUAUUCUUGGGUCCACAACCAACUGUAUAUGUUAAAUGACAAGUGCUAGUAUGCGUACACAAAGAGAAGAUAACCUAGAGAUGCACGGUAGGCAUGAUUUUGAAAGUGAUUUUCUCCCCAGUGUAUGGACCAGUGGUUUUCAAACCUCUCCUCGGGGACCCUCAGUCGUUUCACAAUUUUGUUGUAGCCCUGAACUAGCUCAUAACCCCUGGAAUAGACUUUAGAAUUACAACACCUUCUGUAUAAGCUGUAACCUGUUCUCUCCACCACAGGGGACAUGUUCACACCUGAGAACGGAGAGAGUGAACCAGACUGGGUGCUGACGGAGAAAAAACACUUCACAGAGUUCAGAGACACCAACAAGGUACACUAGUCUGCUGCUACUGGAUCACCUUAACAUUGACAACAUUCUCUCCUUCUACAUUACUAUUUAAGUCAGUACACUUACAGUACCCUACCCCUCAGACCAGCCAUGUCAAUACUUACACACACACCCCUCUCUCUGUGGACAUACUAAGUUAACAGGUUUGUGUCUUGUGUUGUCAGGAUGGUUUGUAACAGCUCUCUAUGCGUGUUGUGUUGUCAGGAUGGUUUCCUGGAUAACCAUGAGGUAGCUCAGUGGAUCCUGCCAGGAGAUAUUGACUAUACUGACAAUGAGGCUAAGCACCUCAUCCACGAGACAGACACAGACAAGGUACGCAUCUCCCCAGUCCCACUGCCUGAACUCACCCUUACCCCAAACCAAAAGCUCCAUACCUGUACACCCCUUACAACUAAUGUUUCUUAACCCACUUCCACACACAAUCUUAUCCCCUCCAAAGCACCCCUAGCUAGGUGUCCUCUUCACCCCUCCCCCAUCCCUGUACUCCUCUAAAACUCACACCUCCACCACCGGUGUACCCCUUUCUACCCUCACCCCACAUCAAAUACCCCCAUACCUACAACUAUUGUGCAGUGCACACCCCCACCCGUUCACGCCCCUUCCAACUCACCCCGUAGCAUCUCCCCUUCCUCUCUGACCUCCUUACACCUUCCCCCAACCUCACACCUUGACUCCUGUUACAACUGACCACUGUAUUUGGUGACAUGUGCAAUGCGUAGGCCUAUCCUACAUUACAGGGAGUAAAUAUACCAUGGUGUCUUGUGGUAAUAAUACAAUAAGUCUCCUAGCUGUUUAAAUUAGGAACUUUUAAAAAUAGUAGCAUUUAUGCUAAAAACAAAACAGAUGUUACAUCCCAAAUGGCAACCUCUUCCCUGUAUAGUGCACUACUUCAGCCCUAUUGGCCCUGUUCAAAAGUAGUGCACUAUGGGGAAUAGGGUGCCAUUUGCGACACUACAGAGACUUAUAUGAGCCUGGGUGCAGAUUCAGGGCUCACUCUCACAACUCACAUCACACACUGUCAGCCUGAACACAGCUAAUAAUCAACAUAAUGGAAUUAAUUGGGGGUGUUAAUUAUAAUUAAUCUCUUUCUCUCCCUCUGUCCUUCAUUCACGCUUUUCUCACUGUUAUCUAUCCCUUUUUCGCCCUCAUUUUCAUUCCACUCUCCCUCUUUUUCGUCCUUCUCUCUUUCAAUCAUGACCGCAAUGAAUGGUGAUGGGCUGGACCUGAAAUUUGCCUCCUCUGCGAUUGGACGAAACAGGAUGACAAAAUAACCAAGAAGGAGAUUCUGGCCAAUUGGAACAUGUUUGUGGGGAGCCAGGCGACCAAUUAUGGAGAGGAUCUCACCAGGCGACAUGACGAGCUUUGAUGAAGUCAAGCGAAGGCAUGGGGAGGAGUUAAGGGCUCCGUUUGCAUCGCUCUCUGCGUAGUUCCAUGUACAUUGUGCAGCUGAAUUUUUGGAACGGACCGUAUACGUACUCUGUUUGCGUAGAGCCUUUAAGGGGAGGGAGGGAUUUUCAAAAUACAUAUUGGGGUUUUGUAUUGUGAAAGGGCAUACACUUCAUGGAGAAUACUGUUACGGAGCAGGGUAGGGGGAAGUGCUGAGGGGGGAAAAGGUCACGGGUCAUAUUUAUACUGUUGAACACACAUUUCUAUGGGAGGUAACGGGAGCAUGGCAAUAAGUGUUUACACACGCAGAUACAUAGCCACAACCUCUCACAGAGAGACUCUAACCGAACACACAAUCAUGCUCAAGUGUGAACAAAGACAGACACUCCACAAGUCAAGCUUAUUUUUACUGCACCAUAUAUAGAAUAAAUAUACACUUGGUUUACACAGGGUGGGAAGGGGGGGGGGGGGGGAGGCAGGAGACAAUUGAAUGACACUUUUGUGGUGAAACAUUUAUCUCUGAAUUUAAAAUAAAGCCAUGUUGGUUUUUCUACAAAAAGACAGUUUUAUUUUUCUUCAUGACAUAGCAUUAACUACUGUCCUAAGCAACUUAAUUACUCAAAUGUAAUUUGUUUCCUGGUGCUUGAACAGUUUACCACACCACCUCCACCUGCUAAAUGGUGAAUUGUCUAAUGUUAGUUUGCCCAGAUUCCUUUCUCCAUUUCUCUCAAUCUUUAUCUUCUACUUCCCUUAUCCUCCAUCCCCCUCCUUCUCUCUUAGGAUGGGCGUCUCUCUCUCUCGGAGGUCAUGGACAAGGUCGACUUCCUGAAGUCAAGCACGCUGACUGACUAUGGAGGUAUGUCGGUGGAUGAGGGUCACGAAGAACUC